UUCUUGGACAAUCGUUUUGGCAUUUUAGAAAUCACUUUUCUGAAAUCCGACGUAAGAUGCACACGGUGUAAUUUGCGUAUCGAUUUUUUUUAUUUUUUUUAUUAGUCUUUAAGCUAAUGUUAAGCUAUUUUGAGAUAACGUUUGGAUAAUUUUUAUAUUAAAUUGGCAAGUACUUAAAUCUACACCGAUAAAUUGACAAGAUGAGGGAGAUCAUUAACCUUCAGGUUGGUUCGUGCGGGAACCAGAUUGGUGGAAAGUUCUGGGAGGUGAUAUCUGACGAGCACGGUAUCGACCCGAGCGGAUGCUACCACGGCGACUCUGAUCUCCAACUGGAACGUAUCAACGUGUACUACAAUGAGGCGUCCGGCGGCAAGUACGUACCGCGCACGAUCCUGGUGGACCUCAAACCAGCCACCAUGGACGCGGUGCGAUCCGGCCCCUUCGGCUGCCUCUACAGACCCGAUAACUUCGUUUAUGGUCAAAACGGAGCAGCCAACAACUGGGCGCGAGGCCACUACACCGAAGGGGUCGAAAUAUUAGAAUCUUGCCUCGACGUCGUCCGACGAGAGGCAGAGGGCUGUGACUGUCUACAAGGCUUCCAAGUUGCGCAUUCGCUCGGUGGAGGCACCGGCUCCGGACUAGGAACACUUCUUAUCAACAGAAUUCGCGAAGAGUAUCCUGACCGAAUCAUCCUGACAUUCUCUGUAUUUCCGAGCCCGCGGGUCUCGGAUUGCGUCGUCGAGCCGUACAACACGACGCUGGCGGUAAACCAGCUAGUGGAGAACACCGACCACACGUUCUGCCUCGACAACGAGGCGUUGUACGACAUUUGCUUCAGGACACUGAAGCUUACGACACCCACAUAUGGUGACUUAAACCACCUUAUCUGUGCCACCAUGUCUGGCAUCACGACGUGUUUGCGCUUCCCUGGACAGCUUAACGCGGACCUGAGGAAGCUCGCUGUCAACAUGGUGCCGUUCCCGAGGUUACACUUCUACACCCCUGGCUUUGCGCCGCUGACGUCACGAGGAGCGCAACAGUACAGAGCGCUCACCGUACCUGAACUAACGCUUCAAAUGUUCGAUGCUAAGAACAUGAUGGUGGCAUGCGACCCGCGACACGGUAGGUAUCUUACCGUGGCUACCAUCUUCAGAGGCCGAAUGUCCAUGAAGGAAGUCGACGAACAGCUUGUGAAUAUCCAGAACAAGAACAGCACAUACUUUGUGGAAUGGAUCCCGAAUAACUGCAAGAUUGCGGUGUGCGACAUUCCUCCCAGAGGAUUGAAGAUGGCGUCGACUUUCAUUGGCAACACGACCGCUAUACAGAGCAUAUUCAAGAGGAUAGCAGAACAGUUCGUAGCCAUGUUCAGGCGGAAAGCUUUCCUGCACUGGUACACUGGUGAAGGUAUGGACGAGAUGGAGUUCACGGAGGCGGAGAGCAACAUGAAUGACCUCGUGUCUGAAUACCAGCAGUACCAGGACGCGACGGCAGAUGACGAGGGAGAGUUCGACGAAGAAGCGGAAGGAGAGGGGUUAGAAUAGCAAUUACUAUUCGAUUAUGUGUUUGUGUUUGUCCUUGUGUAUGUCUGAAUAAAAUGAAAACCAGAAUCAUA